AUGUAUUUUUUAUUAUGUGUCUUAAUAAUUAUGAUUCCAAUUUGGUUGUUAUAUUUAUCAAUACGAUGUCGGUUAUACAUUAUAAACAUUCCAAUGCCACGUUGCAAUUUACUGUUUGGACACGCAUUCGAAUUUUUGGAUAAAAAACGCAUUUUAUCUAAAUUCACUGAAUAUUGUAUUGAAUACGGAGGUAUAUAUAAAAUCUACAUUCCUCCAAAAUUACCAACGUUAAUUAUAUCUGAUCCUGAGUUGAUUCAACAACUAACUACAACUCAUUUAGAAAAGUCCCUCGAUUAUAAGGUUUUUAAAAGAUGGAUAGGUCAAGGUCUUUUAACUGCUGACGUAAAGGUUUGGAAAACCAACAGAAGGCUCAUAACACCUUGUUUUGGUCGCCUUAGUACAUUGAUAAGUUUCGUUGAUAUAUUUGAAAAGAAUGGAAACCAAUUGGUUAAUUAUUUAGAAAAUCAAAUGGAUAACAAUAGCAUCGAUGUCUUUCCCCUAAUUAAAAUAAUUACAUUGAAUUCAAUGUGUGAAACUUCAAUGGGCGUCUCAAAACUCAAUCCUGACUAUAUGCAGACGUACUGCCAAUCUAUGCAAAAACUCCUAAAAAUAUACAUCAACCGUCCGUCUUCAAUAAAAAGAUAUGAUUUUUUGUACCGACUUAGUAACGAUUACAUAGAGGAAGAAAAAGCAUUAAAAGUAGUUUCAGAAAUAUUUAAAAUGAUCAUGAAGGAAAAAAUUAAUAAUAAUGCUGAGAAAAACGUUGAUGAAGAGAACAGUAAUUUGAGUUUUCUGGAUAUGUUACUGGAAAUUCAAACCAAAUACGGUUUAUCUAAAGAGUACAUAAGAGAUGAAGUAAAUACAUUUUUAUUGGGAGGUCAUGACACAACUGCCACUGCCAUAGCCUUUACUCUUUACUCUCUUGCAAUGAAUCAACAUAUACAGGAUAAAGUUUUGGCUGAACAGAUCGAAUUAUUUGGCAGUUUUAAGGAAGAUUUAGAAGUGAGUCAUACGGAAUUGAAACAGAUGAAAUACUUGGAUCUAGUAAUAAAAGAAUCUCUAAGAAUGUUUCCACCUAUUCCUGCUAUAGGACGGAGAAUUACUAGCGAUUUUAAAUUGGGAGAUUAUGACCUACCAAAAAACAUGAAUGUCACCGUUUUUAUUUAUGGCUGCCAUCACAAUCCAAAAUACUUUCCAGAGCCGGAUAAGUUCAUUCCAGAAAGGUUUUUGGACUCUACACCUAGUUCGUUUAUACCUUUCAGUUUUGGUCCAAGGAAUUGUAUAGGAAACAAAUUUGCUAUGUUACAAAUGAAAAGCUGUAUCUCAAAAGUAGUGAGAUAUUUUAAAUUAUUGCCUCCGAAGCCCGAUUAUAAUAUGAAUCUUAUAAUUACGGCUACGCUCUUUUCCGAAAAUGGUAUCCGAUUAUCAUUGGAAAAACGAGUUUCAUCAGAAUAA